AUGCUUGGAACACCGUAUUCCUAUCGACUUCGUCGUGUUAAGAGACAUGUAACUUUGCUCUCGGUUCAUCGUUUUGUGCACGGACUGUUAUUGUUACAGAGAUCGUCUUUGCCUUUGCUGUUAAUUCUUUUAGCUAACGAUGUGGAAUUAAAUCCUGGUCCAGUUAUUUCAUCUGAGCAUCUCGAACACUGUUCAUCCGUCGUAAAUAAUCGAAGCAACACCAUCGCGACUGAACGUAAGACAUUUCGCUGUUUGAGCUGGAAUACGCGAAGUUUGUUUAGUUUACAUAGAACAUCUGAUGGAGAUAUGAUAUCAAAUAAUUCAAGUCUUCAAGAUUUUGUAUACUCGGAGCAAAUAGACAUCGUUUUCCUCACUGAAACGUGGCUGUCCGAUAAACACUUUGAUGCAGAAAUUUUACGUCAAGAUUAUAACGUUUUCCGUGUCGACCGUAAAUGUAAAACCGGCGGUGGCGUACUAAUAGCUACAAAAGAGUCUUCUUUUACAGAAACCAAGCAAGUAUGCUUUAAUCAAUUAGAUACUGAACUAGAAAUCGUCUGCGUUGAAUGCGCCACUAACAAUGCGCGAAUCCUUGUUGUCUGCUGCUACAGAGCUCCUGACUCCUCGUCAAAAUGGCUUCUCUCCUUUAAAAAGUUCUUAGACUACAUCAUGGACACUUACGAUAAAAUUAUAAUGACUGGUGAUUUCAACUUCCCGCGAAUCUCGUGGUCUGAAAGCAUGGUUAUCCCAACCGGUGAAUCCGAGAGAUUUUUCUACAACACCUUAUCUGACCAUUACUUAAGUCAAUUGAUCUUCGCUCCAACAAGAGAAACUAACGUUCUUGAUCUUAUCAUGACAAACAUUCCAGACAACGUUAACAACAUUGAAGUAAUUGAUCCAACCAAUUUCAAUUUGUUUUCCGACCACAAGUGCAUACUCUUUGAGUUUCAAAGUACAGCAACACCUUCCCACAAGCUCAAAAGAUCGGUUUACGAUUACAACCGUGCGGAUUUUGAAAAAAUGAUCCGUACUUUUGAACCGAUUGAAUUUGAAUUUAGCGAUCCCACAUCGAUGUCCGACAUUAACGAGAACUGGAAUUUAUGGAGAGACACUUUCCUUGCUGUAGCUGACGAAUGUAUUCCAACAAAGAUUGUAAAAGGAAG